CCUGACCUCCUGAGGGAAGUGGCACUACAUUACCUCCCUGAGAACUGCGACAAGCAGAUAAGAUGAAGCCUAAAUCUCUUCCAUCACGACUGUUUAACGGAAAUUCAACAGCAGCAUUGGGUGAGACUCUGAACAUAGGAACAGCAAAGUAUCAGCGACAUGUGGACUGCAUGGAUACCCCAGAGGGUGUGGAAAACUCUGCCCACAAUGACAGCCAGACAGUGGCAGACGACCGGAGACAAAAUGAGAAACGCCACAGAGAAAUACACUUUGCCUUUCUGCCAGAGAGGUAUCAGCCACUGAUGGAUGAUGAGGCACGAGCUAAGGCAAAAGAGGAGAAGAAGAAAAGGAAGAAGGAAAAGUACAAAAAAGUAAAGAAGAAUGUUGGCAAAGCACUACGAUCCACCUGGAAGUGUGUAAUGCUUGGUCUUUACAAUUUUGCCCUCGGCUACUCUACUCCGAUUACAGUGGCUGCUACUUUUGUCCCUGACUUUCAUCCAGGCAGAAACAGGACCUGAGCUGAGCUGUAUGAAUCUCAUCCAGUUUCUUUAGUGUAUAUACCAGCAAUCCAAAGACUCUUAUCGAAUACUUUUGUGCCUAAUAUUUGUGUAUUUGAAAUUACUUUUUUAUUUUAUUUUCUGCGUAUCUACAAGUUUUAAUCAAAAAUUGAUUCAUAUGUUCAUUUUUAGGUAGGAAAAUAUGUUAUAGUUAUUUCUUUGUAAAAUAGGCCUUGUUCCCAACAGACAUUUUGACUUUUCACAGCAGGAGGUGAUAUUUAUCACAUCAAGGAUGUCUCUGUUCUAUUAAACUGUCUGGCCCAAGUGCUCCUUAUCGCUAAACCUCACAUUGCUCAUGCACUUAUUAACCUCUUGCUUAGAUACUGAAAAACUUAUGUGCCUUUUUUUAAUUUCGAUAAUGUUUUUCAUUUUUCUUUUUAUCAAGCAUCUAGCUGAUGCCUGCAUGUGUGCAGACGGAUAAUGUGGGAAUGUGGCUCCUACAGCAUGACAGGAGUGACUGUCGAGGAAUAUUUACUGUAGCUGCAGAUGAAGUGAAUCAGGGCAGAUACUUCUUAAAGGGAUUUACAGGCUGGGAAGACUUAACAUGGAAAGCGAUCAUCAGAGAAGCACCUGCACAGACGAGUAAAUCAAGGUUGAGAUAAAAACCAGAUCAGCCCCCAACUCCUCCUCCCAGAGAGGAGCAACAGGACCACUGAUCUCAAGGGUAUUUCUCAAUUCUCAUACUGUCUAAAGCACUGCUGUGAGGUGAAUAACAGACUAAGUGACUGUGGGUAAUGAUGAUUAUGGCUAAAUCGCUGUGAGUGCAAGUGUGAGAGGAUUCUCUGUUGUAAUGUAAAUAAUGGUGUUUUUGUACAUCUGAGAGCUCGUUCAGUUGUGAGGGUUUUGCAAGUUGCUAUUUGUAAGCUGGGUUGUAAUGAAAAAUGAAAGAAAGAAAGAAAAUUUGGAAUACUGCAGUUUAAUGAAAAAAAAACUUCUUAAUUAGGCUUCUGUGUUCUGCCAGCGGUGAAUGAGAACGUCUACACAGAAUGAAUGAAUAAAAACAAGAUAUCAAGCACACACAAGAUUAGUCUGCAUUUGAAAAUUUUAACAUUAACAUGGGGCACAGGUGUAAUUGUUGUGGACUGGAAAAGGAAAGACACACCAACUUAUUCUUUCACUAUAUUUAUUCCAGGAUGUUUUGGACUGAUUUAAAGACCGGCACCUGGGAUUCUUCAAAAAAAAAAAAAAAAAUGCGAGAAAAAUCUAUUUGUUGUUUUAUUUUUAAAACAAUAAAA